GCUUCUUAUCUCUCUCAUUCUCAUAUAUAGAUUGCUAGCCAAAGCUUUGCUUCCAGAAGCUCCUCCAUUAUCGCCAUGGCUACUUGCGCCACACAUCCAUCUCUCAUGCUCACUCCUCCCACUUCCUCUGUACAUCCUCAAGACCUCACUCCCUCGUUGUCCUCCUUCAAUCCCAAACCCUUGUCUAGUAAUUUCUCUCUUUUCCCAUUGCGUUUAAAGUCCAGAGCGAGAAUCUCUGGCAGAUGGAUCGACGUAAAAUUGCAGAAGGAAGCUAAUUCUAGGGCUUCCCGUGUCGUUGUGGCUUCUUUGGCGACGAAGGCCGAGGUUGCUGAGAGUGUGGAACAGAGGGAUGAUGGGUCCGCCGCGAAUACUGUUACUAAACCCAAGCCUAAGAAAGUGAAGGCUGCAUUGCCUCUCAAAACGGAGAGGGUAUACUUUUUAACUGAGGGAAAUAAGUUUCAGAGCGUAUUGCCUCUUUAUAAACUAAGAGUGAGAUAUAAGAGGUUGUUAGAGGUUCAUGGACUGAGGGAGAGUAUAAAGGAGUAUGAUUUAAAGACGGCAAUAUCUUUACUAAAACAAACAGCAAAUACAAAAUUUGUAGGAACAGUACAAGCCCAUUUUCGUCUCAACAUUGACCCUAAAUAUAAUGACCAACAAAUAAGAGCAACGGUAAGCUUACCCAAGGGAAUUGGAAUGCCUCUCAAAGUGGCUGUUCUUACUCAAGGGGAACAGUUUGAUGAAGCAAAAAAUGCGGGAGCAGAUUUGGUGGGUGGAGAGGACCUGAUAGAACAGAUAAAAGGAGGAUAUAUGGAAUUUGAUAAAUUGAUUGCUUCUCCUGAUAUGAUGCCUAAGAUUGCUAGUCUAAGUGAAAUUCUGGGGCCAAGGGACCUGAUGCCUAAUCCAAAAGCUGGGACUGUAACAGCCAAUAUUCCUCAGGCUAUAGCAAAAUUCAAGCAAGAAAAGAUUAUAUACAGAGCAGAUAAAACUGGAAUUGUGCAUUUGCCUUUUGGAAAAGCCGACUUUUCGGAGGAGGAACUUCUUGUAAACUUAAUUGCUGCAAUAAAAUCAGUAGAAGCAAACAGACCCUCUGGUGUUAGAGGUGUCUACUGGAGAAGUGCACACAUAUCAGCAAUGGGACCUUCUAUCAGGUUAAACAUCAGACAGAUGCUGGAAGCUUCCAUCUAAUAUCUGAAGUAGGAGUACACCUGUAAAUGCUCGUUUUGCUUCGUUUUAAUAAGCUCCCUGGGUUAGGGCCUCUGAUCUUGCACCAAAUACCUGAUCAGUCAAAAGAUGGCAAGAAGUGACAUAGAGCCCAGGGACGAACAUGGAGAUCCUUUGGUGGUCAUACCUAUGUUGGAAUCCGGCCCCAAAAGUAUGCACGCGGGAUAAUUUCUGACCCCAGGGGAGGAUAAUCUUGUAUUUACUUCACCGCUAAUUUAGUGAAUAUUCUUUGUUAUGCCAUCAUCAAGUUAUUAAUCUUUGAAUCUAUGUAUAGGUUUUGACCAUUUUCUUCAGCUUUUUCGCUGCACUCGUCACAAUUGGUGUAGGAAGUUAAACUUGUAUCCUUUUCUUUACCAUUUUGUAUUCCAGUGUUACCAGGCUCCCAGAAU